CAAAUAGGCAGUUUAUUAUUAUAUGGCGCGUUACAAAUACUAUUUAUUUUUAUAUCUAAGUAAAUUGAUUAUAUUAUGAACAUAUUGAUGGUGUCUGCGAAGUAAAUAUUAUAAUACGUUGUAUAUUUAUAUUUACAAUUUUAUUGUAUGAGGCCUAAAAAUUAGGAUCUCUUUUAAAACAAUGAAUAGUAAAAUAUUAACUACAAUUGCUAAUGCUAUGGACACCAAAGAGGAGCUAAAGAAACGGAUAGAAACAUCUAAACUCGUAUCACAAGAGUUACAGACUUGCAUUCAAAAUUGCCAAAAUCGAUUUGGAGGUAAAGCUGAACUUGCUACAGAAGAUGAUAUAAGAAUAGUACAACUUUGUGAAAAAUGGGAAAAAGUCCUCAGUCAUGGUAUAAGAACCAACUUAUCUAACUCAGCUUUACAGAGCUUAGUGACUGCUGGAUUAAAUUUUACAUUUAACAUUGUCAAUAUUGGAAACUCUUUGUGGAGUUACACAUGUCUACACCUUACUAAACAUGAGAAAGAAAGAUUUAAAAUUCUGUCAAAUAUCAACACUCCACUUGGAUACUUCAGGGCCUUCAUUAGAGCUGCUUUAAAUGAAAGGUCACUUGAAAGAUACCUCCAAAGCUGGGUUGCACACGGUCUUCUGAUGGAAUAUUAUGAAGAAGGUGCUUUAGUGAGGAACAAUGAAUUAGCAUAUCAGUUACCUAAUAUGGCUUCAGGAUUAUCAACCAUUUUAUUUGCAUUGUCAAUUGAUAGAGUGGAAUUAAAUGAAACUCAGCAAGCAAACCAAUCUAAUAAAGCAGAAUUAGUUAUAUCCUUGCCUGCUCCCGUAAAACCCUCCAAUCAAAAGCGAAAGCCGCUGCGACAAGUAAUAUCAUUCGAUAAAAAUGAUUCCAAAAAUAAAACCAAAGAUGAGAGAAAACUGUUAAGGUCUCCAAGUAUGAAAGAUGACUCUUUAUGGAACAGCGCGCCCGCUACGUGCCUGAACUCGCCGGAUCCUAAAACUCUUCCUCAAGCUUCCACUAGUGAACCCACCAGUUCAGAAUAUAAGAAUAGCAUACGACAUUUCUUCCCAGACAGUGUGAAAGGCAUAGACAGUCCUUCUCAAAUAUUUUCAAAAUUGUCAGAGUGUGCUAAAGAAAUAUUUUCGUCAUCUAACAGCAUAGAUACAAACAAUGUGGCUAAAGAUGAUGUUUCUGUGUCGAGUAUUAACAAUUUAAAAAUAUCAGAAAGUGACAGUGAGGAAGUAGCAGGCAGCAUCGACGGGAGUACUUCUUGUCUGGAACUUUGUUUUACCGAAGACGAAAGCGUGCCUGAAGACAAAACUCAUUCCAUUUUAGAAAUAAGGGAAAAGGAAUUUUUGAAUUUACAACUAAAAUGUAAUCAUAUUGAGCAGACAAGCAAGGAAAAAAUACUGAAAUUAGAGAAAAUCAUACUGGAUUUAAGCAAAGAAAAUGACCGUCUUAAAGGUCAAUUAAGACAGUACAUGUCUGCUGUUGAAAUGGGGGCUGCGUUGAAAAACAACGGUGACGAGCAGGAAGCUGACCAAUAUGAGAAAAAACUUGUUCAAGUAGCAGAAAUGCACGCAGAGCUAAUGGAAUUCAAUCAACAUCUACAAAAGCGCUUACAAGAGUUGGAGAGCAGAUCAGAAUUGGAGGUGCUGGACCAUCCUGAAACUAACGUGAAGGCUUAUAUCCCCACCGCGUUUCUUGUCGGGAAGAAAACUCAAUCCUACCACGUCUAUCAGAUAUUCCUCAAAAUUGGUCACGAAGAAUGGAAUGUGUACCACCGAUAUGCCAAGUUCCACGAGCUCCAUAUGCAGCUGAAGAAAUUACAUCCAGACAUAGCGUCGUAUAAUUUUCCUCCUAAGAAAACACUCCGGAAACGGAACGCACACCUUGUGGAGAGCCGGCGGGUGGCGCUGCAGGCCUACCUGCGUCAUAUUCUGCUGGUUCAGCCCGAGUUGAGGGAGUGCACCAGUCGCGCGCAGCUUAUCUCCAUCUUACCGUUCUUUGGCACUUCAUCGUCAUCAAGAUCGAACGGAUCGAGUCACAUGCUAAAUCGCCAACAUUCCAACGAGUCAACUUCCACUUACGAUGCUUUCUGAUUGCCAAAUAAAUUGCUGCGACAACUAGUUAUUAAGCGAAACUGAAAUACAAGUUUAGGAAAAGGCGGUUAUCAUGUAAGUCAGACUUAAGUUUAGUGUUUUUCACGCACCUGGUUCAGAAUUAGCUAGAGUAACAUGGUAACUUGAAAAUAUUCUUUUGAGGUAGCUUUAGGGUAAACAGAUGCAAUAAUUCAUAAUAAAUCUAAACUGUGAAAUAAUAGACUACCUAGGUAUAUUGAGAAGCAACAAUGAAAAAUUGUAACUUUCAUUCAAUUCUCGUAAUAUCAUCAUCUCAAUGCUAAUAGUGUGCUCUAGCUAAUUUGAAAGGUUACAAUUGAUUAAAUUUAUGAAGUUUUAAGGAAAUCACAGUUUAGUGCAGCUUGUUUUUAAUAAUAAAUUACGAUACAAGUGUGAAAAUAGGAAAAUCAAAUCGAUAUAAGUUGCGAAUUAUUCGUACCUACGACUUUUUACAGUACAUACCUAUGGCUAUUAUUUUUUUUACACAGUUGCGUAAUAUGUCAACUAUCGCACUAGUGCUGUAUUAUAACGCCAUAUUUACUGUAAAAAUAAACAUAUUUAUUUUAGUACUGUUAGGGCCACUUGCACCAACGAAAAUGGAGGGUUAACCCACCAUUUUAUAUGGACUUGACAGAUGACGGG